AUGGAAUAUCCAUAAUUUUUGGGCAACACCAUAAAAUUUGAUUUGUUCAAAAAGCCACCCCUGAAGGAAUACGCAUUGAAACACAAGUUAGCCACCAGUUGCGGUUAUAGUUUCGAGAAUUCUGAGUAUUGUCCAUGUUGUGGACUCAGCGUUUCCAAAAUUUCCCUGCCCUUAUCAAUUAAGAUCUUAGACUUGGCCUUCUUGGGUUAAGGGGUUCCCUUAUUCUUUAAUCAAAUGAUUUUGGUAAUUGUGAUAUACUCUUUGAUGUUGGCAUGUUUUAUGGUUCCAAACAUAGUCUUCAACGUUUUGGGGAACGACUGCAUUUCAAAGGAUAACUACGCGUAUGUGUUGUGGCAAUAACAGGGUUGUGAAUAGAACUGCCCAUUGGAACACGAGGAUUUCAAUUAUUUCACUAAGAUCUUUUCGGAUUGUUCAUAGAUUUGCCAUCAUUACACAAAGGUUUGUCUUCGUUCUCAGAUGUCCCAAUUGUCAUUCAUCAAUAAGCAAGCCGAAAGUUAAUAGAAAGUAAUUCAAUCCUCUAUUUUGCUGUGUUCAGUUAUCAUAAUGAAAAUAUCAAUGGUGUUGAUAAGGGAAAAGUAGAAACGAGUUGAGUUUGCAAUAGAUAAGGAACUGUUGUCGCCUUCUGAUUUUACAGCCAUUUUGAAUCACCUGCCAAAAAAUAACUAUGAUGAGAAGGAGUUGAAACAUGCACUGGAGGAGUAUUGCAAGUAAUUCGAUCCCGAUAACAAUUACGAAGUAGUUAAAGUUAACAUAGCUUAUGAUAUAUCUUAAUUUAUUGAUAAGGGCAGGGAAAAGCUCAAGUUGGAGAAGCAAUUGUAACAGAGUAAGACAAAAAACAGAGAAAAAUUAAUUAAUUAAAUUAAGGAGAUUUCUCAACUUUAAUAGAUAAUUGAAUACGAAAUUGAAAAUGGAUGUUACAGAUAAACUACACCCAUAGCAUUCAUUACAUUUUAAACGAAGAAGUAGCUAAAAAGUCUAUUGGAGUAGACUAAAUUAUCAUAUUGGGAAGCCUUUAUGAUUGCUGUCAAAUCUUUGAUCAAGAAAAAGGAUAGCAAGGGGUUCUAUUUCAAAGGAGAACUAAUCUAUAUAAAUAGAGCACCUGAGCCAGAUGAUGUGUUUUGGGAGAAUUGUGGUGUCGAUUAGAAUACACAGCUAAAGAGGAAGAUACUCAGUUGGUUCGUGAUUCUGUUUUUACUUGGGUUUUCUCUUGGCAUAUUAUAUGGUUUAAAUGCAUUUUAAAAUAGUUUCUUACAGUCUGAUAAUAACUAAUUUUUGGUCACGACCAUGGUGUCAUUCUCUAAAUCAUUAAUAAUCGCACUAGUAGAGGGUCUCAUAUAUUACUUUAUCACACUCUUGGCGAAUUAGGAGAGACACGUAACCAAAACUCAUCAAGACACAUCCAUAGCAUAGAAAUUAAGUUAUGUGCAAUUUGUGAAUUCCUGUUUGCUUUUGAUGAUAAUUAACAUCAUAGGUGCAUACAACCCAUAGCUGAAAUAUCAACCGAAUCAACUGAGCAAUCUAGCAGUUCAAUAAUAGGGAGGCAUUGCUGAUGACUUCUUGUAUGUUUCAGGGACAAAUGCCAUUCUCAUCCCUUUGUCUUUGUACUUCAACCCUCUUUAUUUGCUUAAGAAAAUUAGACAAUUACGAAUUGAGAAAAACAAGGAUCUGGAUUAAUAUUAAGCAAAUAAACUAUUUGAGGGUCCUUAAGUCGAAUUUUAUGAUCAGUACUCGUACCUCUGUAAAACAACUUGGCUUACUUUUUUUUUCGCUCCUCUGAUCCCAAUAUCUAUAUUAUUUGGGUAAGUGGGAUUGGUGAGUUAUUAUUGGAUUGAGAAGUAUCUUUUAUUGAGAAGAAACUCGAAGCCUCCUUUCUAAAGUAGUCAUCUCGACUCAGAAAUGCUAUACUUAAUAGAUUUGAGUCCAAUUCUAUUUGCUACUAUGCAAUUUUGGGUAGAUUUCGUAUUCAAUUCAAGUAAGCUUUGUCAAUCCUUGAAUUUGGCUUCAAUUGUGCUGGCAGGAUUAGAAAUCAUAGUUCCAACUUACAGAAUUCAUAGAAUGCUGUUUAAGGAUCUUAAUGAGGAGGAAGAUUCAGUUAGGUACGAGGAUGUCUAUUUGAAAUUACCGACUGAUUAUGAUAGAACGAAUCCAUUGACUUAGCAAAAUGCCAUUUCUGAAUUUGUGAGAAACAAAGUGAAGAGACAGACAUCUCCAUUGAGGAUGUAAUUGUCUCAGAAUUUGGGAAAUUCUCGUUAAAGGAAGAAUUAAGCUUUGCAAGAUUUGAUUUAUAAGGGAGUUUGCGAACCGAAGAAGAUAAGGAUGAAGAUAUUGAAGUAAAAGUUAUAGUUGGUUUUGAAGAUGAGGAGAUUUAUCAGACCAUCUAUGUUACAGGAGGGACAGAAGGAAAUGAAUUUGGAUGGUCUUGAAAAAGUAGAUUCUUUGAGAUCGAGUUAUUAGAACUCACCAACAUAUUUGAAAACUCCUGAAUAUAACUUUUAUUCAUUCGUGCACACUAAACCAAGAUUGAGAACCAUCUUGAGAAAAAAUGAAACUAUGGAUAUCAAUUCAAUCUCCUCUUAAAAUCAGAGUGCUUAUUUGAAUACUCCACAAUAUUAUUUUGGUUCUAAAAAGAAUUCGAGUUGCGCAUAAAGAUAGAACAACAAGAGACUAACAUAAUCAUGA